AGGCAUCUGUGCUGUUUUAUGCUACUUUCAACACCACAAGGAUCUGCUCUCUGUCUCAGUGUGCCGAUACAUUUUUUUUAAAGAGUGGAAUUGAACUAAUUCACAAAAUGUACAAAGGACUUCUUUUUUUGAUUGUCAUAUGCAGAGUGACCGGGUUCAAUAUUCUGAUGCAUUCAAAAGCAGUGAAGCAUUUCAUAAAAGAUGAUCCACUCUUUGGGCAAACUGUUAUCCAAUCAAAUGAUGGAGUUUUUGUUCCUUCCCCAUCAAAUGGAAAACUUUUCAGCUGCACUCUAAAGGAUGAAUGCGUCGAUUUAAAUAUGAGCGAUGAAAAACUAAACAAACUGAGAUCAGUAGCAUCUGUAGCUUCUCGGCUGAUAUCAGAAGAGGAGCACAUUGUGAUGUGUAACCAAGUUCGCAUAAAGAAGAAAUUAACUGAGGAUUUGAAUGGAAAUUGCCAACUGAUGAAUCCCAUUGAGAAAGUCAAACUGAAUCCUGUUAAAUUUGUCAACGACUACAACGAUCGAAGUAGAAGUUUCGAUCAAGCUAAAAAGAGGAUGAGAAGACAAGCCGAGCCGGACAGUGACACAAAAACAGAUGAAGAUGAGGAUGAGGAGGAUGCUGGGACAGAGAUUGCUUUUGUGCUGGACGGCUCUGGUAGCAUUGAUGCUGAUGACUUUGAGAGAGCCAAAGACUUCAUCCACGAUGUCAUGUACAAUGUUUGGAAAGCAUGUUUCAAUUGUGACUUUGCGAUAGUACAAUAUGGCAGUAAAAUCAGGACAGAGCUCUCACUUCUAGACAAUGAGGACGGUGCCAGUACCUUGGAAAAGGUCAAGAAAAUACAGCAAAUUGGAAACUACACAAUUACAGCCUCGGCCAUCCAUCAUGUCCUCACAAAUACUUUCAUCCCUGAAAACGGAUCAAAAAAUAACACCAAAAAAAUAAUCAUCGUUUUGUCUGACGGGGCAAUUUUGGGAGAUACGAUGAAACUUGAUUAUGUUCUGAACAUGCCACAAAUGAAAGAUGUAAAUCGCUAUUCCAUAGGAGUUGGUAAUGAGAUUCUGACAAAACCUGUAGCAUUAAAAGAGAUGACUGACAUAGCAGAUCCUGGUCAAUUCUUCAACGUUUCCAAUUAUGCUGCAUUAGAUGACAUCCUGUCCAAAUUGGGGAAGAGUAUAAUUGGGGUUGAAGGCACUCAGAAAUUUGAAUUGCAGCUCGCAGAGGCUGGAUUCAGUUCCCAUAUUGUGCAGGACAAAUCUGUUCUUUUUGGAGCAGUUGGUGCUUAUGACUGGAGUGGUGGGAUCAUUUUGAAAUCUGAAGGCACUGAGAAAUUUAUGAAUGACACUAAUAAUGGACCCAAAUUUUCAUAUUUAGGUUAUAGUGUCACUUCGGCUCAUUUAUCCGAUAAAACUCUCUACAUAUCUGGAGCACCACGGUAUAAUCUGACUGGUGGGGUAUUUAUUUUUAACGGCUCCGGAAACUAUGUGCUCCUGGGAGAUCAGGUUGGAUCUUACUUUGGAUCAGUUCUUUGUGCCUUGGACAUUGAUGGGGAUCAAUACACAGAUCAUCUAUUAGUUGGAGCACCACAUUUCUAUAAAAAUGGGGAAGAAGGCAAAGUGCUAGUGUACAGAUUGAAUGAGCAGGACAGGUUUGAGAGCGUGACAAUGGAGCUGCAGGGUGAUGCGGGACAGGACUUUGCCAGGUUUGGUGCAGCCAUCGGCUCAAUAGGAGAUAUUGAUGGGAACAAAUUCAAUGAUGUAGCAGUGGGCGCUCCUCUGGAAACAGAUUCCUCAGGAAGCAUUUACAUUUAUAAUGGAUUCAAAGAUGGCCUUCGGUUUUCACAAAAAAUUUCACCCUCAGAUUUUGAUAUGAAACUUGUGCACUUCGGUCAGUCAGUAAGUGGCGCUUCUGCCACGGCACCAAAUAAACUUUGCAUCGCUGUUGGAAGUCAAGGGAGAGUGAGUGUUUUUGAGAGUAUCCCUGUUGUGGUUAUCAAACCAGCUAUAACGCUUUCAAAGAAAGUAAUUCCUCUGACUCACCAAAUGAAUGAAUUAUCCAGCAAGCUCAGCAUACAUUUAGGAGUAUGUUUUAAUGUGAUAAAGGGAAAACUUCAAUCUGAAACACUCCCUCUUCAGUACCAAUUUGACUUGGAUUCUGAUGCAAACAAAAAGCGUAUCACUGUUGACAACAGCGAUCAAUUAAAAAACUCUUUAAUUUUGACGCCAGAAGCAGAGUGCACCAGCAUCACCCUACAAUAUUUGGGAUGUUUUGAUUGUUUUUCACCUAUGAAAAUCAAGCUGAAUUUUUUUUUGGCCCCCAACCAAACUGAACGAAUUCUUGACAUAUUUACUCCAACUGAGGUUGUAGAUGAGAUUUCCUUUGAAAAUGACUGCAAAGCUAAAGAUUGUAAACCAAGCAUUACAUUAUCUGAUUCAAAAAUUAGUGUAACUAAGAUCAUAAUUGGAGACACUCAAAGCUUGAAUAUCAACUUCAGUCUCAUGAAUACUGAAGACCCUUCCUUUUUGACCACCCUGACUUUGACCUACCCCAGUAUACUCAGUCAGAAGAAAAUAGAAGGUGCCACCUGCCCUGUGAAGAAUGACAAUCAGAUACAAUGUAAUAUUCAACACCCUGUUUUCAAAAGAGACACACGGAUCAACCUCUUCGUCUCCUGGCAGCUCAAUGACAUCAAAUCUGAGUUGAGGGAUUUUGAGAUUAUCGCUAAUCUAACCAGUCAGAAUAAUGGCUCUCAGCUUCUGGACUCAAAAAAAUACCCAUUUAAUGUGAUGUAUUCCCUACCAAUCCAGCUGACUGGCACAGCCUCCCCAAAUAGACUCCGUAUUGAAGAGGGUGCAAAAGAAGACACUCAACAGAUGGAGUUUGAAUUUCAGUUUGCAGGUGAAAAUAAGUAUGGCGCUACAAUUGAUGUAGUUGUAAACAUAACAAAGGACACCUACAAAACAGAUCUGCGCAUCAAAAGUGUAAAUCCAGAGAAGUGUGGUUGGCAAAGAAAUAACGUGGAGGGACCCCAUGUCAUCAGAUGUACCAUGAAAGAGCUGCAGAAAAUCAUCAUUGUUGCUGAUGUUUUGAUACAUGAUGUUCAGGGAAAAUCCGACAAGAUCACUGCCGUAGGAAAAUACAGCUUUGAUGAGGCCGUCUAUACUGCGAAGGAUACUUCAAGGACUGUUACGGUUGAGGUGAUGAUCACGAAGCUGAUCGUGACGUCAUCUAAAGGUGCCAUCAUUGGAGGAUCCAUAGGAGGAUUUCUGCUCCUUUUCAUCAUUAUUGUCAUUCUCAUAAAGUGUGGCUUUUUCCGUCGUCGCCAUAAAGUGGACCACGCACAGAGUCCAAACUGAAGACUGCCAAAGCUCAGGAGGGAAUAUUCCCAUAUAUCUUGCUUAAGUUUGUGUAUAGAAAAGGUUGUUUUGGGGAUAAAAGUUAUAACCUUGUUUAUUUCAUUAUCAAUGUAGUAUUAAUAAGCUUUUAAAUGGGUCAUGGACUGGAUUAUUUUAUUAUUUUAUAAUGUAUAAAUUUAUAAAAAUGUAGAAAAGGCAUUUUUCCGAGCCUGAUUUUAGCCUCUGAUUUGAACGCUCUAUUGGAAGGGGCAUGUUUGCUGUGAGACUUAAGUGUCAACACCCACUGCUGUGAUUGGUUGACACGUUUGCAUAUGAAAUGGCUAGCAUUACAUGUAGAGCUCUCUCUAAAACUUUUACUACGUUCUUAUUAUUACAUCGUUGUACUGUACAUUGUAAUAGCGUCAUGAUUUUGUGAUGAUUGAUUUCAACGAGUUUUGGCAAGUGUCCAGAUACAGAACUGGCUGUGUGACUGACAGCUUGGCGAAUUAAAAGGGAGCAUUCUGUGAGGCUUUCUUUAUAUAAUUUAAUCACAGUUUGAAUUGGAUUAUCUUCAUCCUACUUAGGGAAAUGAUGUGUAGUUGAAUGUUUUAGUCACUGGCUUGAUUUACUGAUGCAUAAACAGUUUAAUAACAGUGAAUAAACAUGAGUACUUACAUGUUUGCGGCAUUGCUGGCAGAUCCGAUUCCAUAUCGCAAAAGUCUGUUUGCAAAGCCUGCACCGAAAUACCAAAAUAAUCCACAAUACAGAAAAUCCACAGAAAACAAACAGAUCCUGUAUCGAUCUUUUCUCGUUCUCAUGUCAUUGUUCACUAAAGGUCCAGUGGGCGGGGCCAAAGCUGAAGUGUGAUGUCACAAGUCUCCACUUUUUAGAUCCUGUCAUUUGCUGGCCUUGGUUUCAAUAAAAGCAGUUUUUGGAAUAACAAGAAA